CCUUACUAACCCCGGUUGACAGACUACACUACCAUACUUCUUCGGAGAAAUCGCUCUCUUCCGAGCACCGUCCACGAAUAAGCGCGUAAGAGGAUGACUCAAUGUUCCGCUCCGCAACGAGAACAACGACAACCCCGUCCGAACUGCAAACAAACCACAGGUCCAGAUCUAUGUGUCUUCGUACUCCCUACGAAUCAAUUCGUCUGUUGCCUCUACAGGUCAGGUCACAAACUACGCUCAUUCACGAUCUUUCCUUCCUUCGUUCUUCCCUAUUCGGCCAGAUUCACUAAAACCGACUAACCAACCAGAUGGUCACAGGUGGUGAAUGAAAAAUACUCGACUCCAAAAUGCUUGCACACGUUCACCCUUCCUCUUCUAUUGCAGGCUAGAACAACCCCGACCGUAUGCUCGGGGGUCGACGGCAUAUGAUGACCGUCGUGACGGUGUUACCGUUCAGCAGUCUAGAGCUUAACCUGUAGUCAAUGCACCCUGGUUAUGUGAACACGUGUCGACUAUGAGCAUCAUUCGACUACAAUUCAGAUUUAUUUCAGCCUGGGAGGUUUUGAACAUUGUCCUGUGGAUUUUGAGUUCACGUCCAAGACUACUCCUGUUCGCUCUUAGUGCACAACGCAGACGGGGCGAGGACGGAUCUCUCCCACAACUACCGCAAUGUAUCGGCGAUGAAUCUCCUUGCUGCUAUGAUCCUUGCAGCAGGACUGCUGUCAGCUGUCCACAUUGUCCAUGCAGCGGAUCCUGACCCACUGCAGGAUUUCUGCAUUGCAGACCUUGCUGCCGGACCAGUUUCAAAUGGUUUCGCUUGCAAGUUGCUUGCACUUGCUUCCACAGACGACUUUGCAUUUUCUGGGCUUGCUGAAGCUGCGAAUCCUAGCGUAUCUGCUACCAACGGAACUGCAACCCUCGCCUUCGUCAGACAAUGGCCAGCUCUGAACACUCAGGGAUUGUCUCUCAUAAGACUCGAUAUCAAUCCUUGUGGCAUCAUCUUUCCUCAUACACACAACUUGGCCACUGAGAUUCUGUAUGUGUUGGAGGGAGAGAUGUAUACGGGCUUCGUCACCAACAACUUCGGCAACGACCAAACCAUAUCCAAGCUGUAUGCAAAGGUCGUGAAGAAGGGAGAAGCUUUCAUUUUUCUCAGAGGUCUGCUACACUUCCAGCUGAACAAGGGGAAGGUGCUUGCAUCGAGUCUAAACGUCCUGAACAGUCAGAAUCCUGGUUGGUCAAUUAAGCAAGGCAAGGCCCGAAACAUUUGGUCUGCUGGAAAAGCACGCACUUUCAGAACACCCUCGGGCUUCUACGUGCACCUACGAAUGUAUCCAUGUAUCCACCUGCAAAAUUGUGGUCGCCGGCAAGAAGAAUUAUGCCACUAGACAGAAGGGCUUCGAGCAGCUCCUUCGUGUUUCCCACCGUUGCAUGCUUCUGCUGUUUGUCUGUCUUUGUCUAUUAGUCUCGCAAUCCACCUCCCGAGAGAGAUACAUAUGGACAAAAUGCACAAAAAAUAUGAUUGGACUAAUAAAAAAAAUUCAAAAGACAUAUUUUGACAACUGAUAGUUUA